AUGAGUGCUCAUGUUAAGCUGGCAAACCUGGAGUCGUUGCCACUCUCAGAGCGUGUAGCAACAUUGGACGAGAUCAAGUUGUCCAUUCUAGGAAAUGACAAAGAAAAGGACAAACUGCUGAGAGACAACCUUCUGGACAAGGUGGUUCAGGUGUUGGAGACAUCAAACAAGGACGAGGAACUUCAACUGGCGGCUAUAAUUGUCCAAUCCUUCUCAUAUCUCAAGACAAAUAUUGAUCAUGUGUUGCAAAAGAAUAUUUUCGGAGUUUUGCUAAGAAGCUCGAUUCGUCACCCGUCACUGUGCAAGUCCAACUUCAAGACAUUGAUAGAUCUAUUGGCAUACCAUUCAGAGUCACAAAUCAACCUGGAUGCAUAUGGCGAGGUUGGGAACGGAGUUAUCCACCAAAUUGUGACAAUCAUCUGUUCAGAUACCACAGAUUCCACUCUUCUGUUUAACACAUGUAUGUUGAUUCCGUAUAUACAAUCGGAGCUUAUGGUGAAGCUACUAGUGCCUAUUUUGCGGCGUCUCUCGGUGCACAUUUCGCCAUUGUUUGCACAGGUUCUCAAAAUAAACAACUCUGAUGUGGAUUCGGUUAGUUUUGCGCAAUGUGAGUGGAAGCAUUCCACUCCUUCACCACCAUCUUCCAAACUCAUAACCUCGGAACUUUCGCCUUUGCUUUAUGCCUUUGCCCAUGUUCUUGAUACAGCACAUAGCAAUGGCCGGCUAGAAAACUUCAGAAUGCCGUUGCCGUUGUAUUACACACUUUGUUCGCUCCUCAAAGUUGACAACAGCAACGUGAAGCUUUCGGUGCUUAAUGUGAUGACGGUUUACUCAAAAACAUUUCUGAGCGGCGAGCUCAAGAGACAGAACUAUCGCAAACUUAUCCCGAGUCUAAUUCAGCUGGUAAGCCGUACAAAAGAUCUAAAAUAUGAUGAGUUCACGCUGAACUCCAAUUUCAAGCUGUCUAGGAAAAUGUCGCCUUUGUACAUUCUCUCACGAUUGAGCGAGGACGACGAGGUCGUGAAUGACUAUCUCGCUGGUUGCAAGUUUAUCGAUAAGAUCUGUGAGAUUGUGAUGUCAAAUUGCAACUUUGUGGGAACAGAUCGCGAGACCACCUUCGUGGAUGAAGGAACCCUUCACAAAGUCAGUGAUUGUCUGCUGAUUUUGUCAUGUGCUUGCGCUUCGAAAGAAGCGUAUCGUGAGGAAGUGGCUAAAUACAAUCUAGGGCCGAUAUUGAUUGAUAUCAUAUCAAGACACGUUGAAAUCCAUGGCGAGUUCUCAGCGAAUAAGCUUUCAGAAUCCCGUCAUGGCGAUUCCAAUGGAGAGCUCAUUCUCAAAAUGUCGAACCGGAUUACUCUAUUUGCAUGCUAUCUCAUCCGGUCGUUAUCAAGAUCUGCUGCCCUACUGAGAACAUAUCUCGUCGACCUUAAGAUGGUGGAUCUACUGAUCGCCAUUCUUCAGCUACCAGAAUUGGACAAUGUGAACUCAGAGCUAAAGGAUGGUGAGAUUUUACUCAAGAGCAUCGUUCUGGGGAUCACGUGUAACGUCAUACUGGACUUUAGUGCCUUGAAGAGUGAGUUGUUGGAUCAUGACAUCAUCUCUGUCCUAGCUGACUUCAUUUCCAACACAGAACACGAUAUAAUACGUCUGAAUUCACUGCUUAUUAUCAGGAAUUUCCUGUUCGGUGAUGAUAUCGUGAAUAAGACAAAUUUUAUACGGAAAGUGACUCUUGAGAAGAUUUUUGAGCUUUGUUAUGACCCCAACCCCAAGAUCAAGGAGCAAUGCUUCAAUAUUCUUCGGAACUUGACUUGUGGAAACUUCAACUACUCGACUCAGGUUGUGCAGACGUUUCCACGAUGCCAGGCUGCUCAGUCUCAUGGCGAUUCCGAUUUUCUGCAGUUUUUGUGCGACAACCUAGCCAGACAUGAAGAUACUCCUGAUAUCGUUAUUGCAAUCAACUAUAUCCUGGUCCACCUGGCUGCUUCUAAUGAUACAAAUAGGUCGUUGAUCAUGUCAAACAGCAACCUCCUUCAGCAACUGGUGCGGUUCUUGGGUGCUGAAGAUGCGACCCCCAACCACAGUGUGAAGUUGAGUUGUGUGUGGAUCGUGAUCAAUCUAACUUGGAAAGACGAUACUUCUAAUGGUUACGGAGAUGAAAAUGAAGACGAUGAAAUCACGCAGCAGGAUGACAGGAUGGAGAUCGAUGACGGCAAUACCGUUGCCAGAAGACUCAGACCCAGAGGCUCCACACAGGCGUCCAGUCGCGAUGAGGAUAAGACACGUUAUAGGCAUUCGCGUCAUCGUGCAAUGAAGCUGAUAGAGAUGGGUUUCUACUCAUGUCUGCAGGCAUUGUCGUCAGAGAUGAACCUUGAUUUGAAGGAAAGAGCCCGGACUGCUCUAUUCCAGCUUGCCUUAUAUGAGGCCGAAGUCACGGGGUUCACCAGGGAUUAG